AUGGGGAAGACAUUUGUAUAUGUUGAGCCACCUAAGAGAGUUAAGGAAGUACUUGAAGAAGAGCUCUAUUUUCGGAGAGAUGGAUGCCAAAUUAAACAUCCAGCUUCAGUGGCCCUGGAAGGAAUUUGGAGUGUGAAAAGAAAUUUCUCCAUAGGAGGCCUGAAGCCAGCAUCACAGAACAGAAACAGUCUGCUUUCACAGCCCAAGUACUAUUCCAGGCACGGAGGAAUAAGAAGAUAGCCCCAAUGAAAAGUAACAUCUCCCUUUCUUGAUGACAUGGGGCAAGGCAGGCAAUUCCAUGUUACCAAGCCUACAAUAAUUUUGUUCCAGCAAAUUCAAAGUAUCAUAAUAUAGAUUGUAUAUUAUAUUUUGUCCAAUAAAAUUAUAAAGCCAUUUGUAUUGGCACCUGAUCCACUCCAACAAUAGAAUACUUCACCUAGAAGGUGUUGAAAGUGUGAAGAUUUGAUUGCCAAACUUCUCAAUUUUCAGGCAUUGGCAGGUACAUAUCAGCCACUCAGGUUUAUUGGGUUUUUUUUUACCUCACAUUAACAUAUCAGGCAAAUGAUCUUGUACCAAGUCCUUAUUUACAAAGAACAAUUGUAGCCGUCUAGUUAAUAAGUGGUACAUUUCUCUUAGUGUGGAUGCAAUUAUAGCAAUAUAAAGUGUUUAUCCCAAUAAAGCUUUUUCCCAUAUGGAAAAGACUGGGUGUGGGGAAUAAGCAAUAGCAAUAUAAUACACCUUUACACUGGUAUAACUGUGUCCACACUAAGGAUGUUAGGAAGUGAGUAAUUAGCAAAUCAUGUAGUCCAUAGAAUUUCUGUUGACUACAUGAUUAAUCAAUAAGGGAGGAAGCCUCAGUCCUGGCUCGCGUCAGGUCCAGGAGCUACCCCCUGCUGUGGCUCUGCAGUUUAAAUGUAGUAAGAGCUGGGCAGGC